UCAAGAUCCUUAUUAAUUAGGUUAGUUAGGGUUUCUUCAAAACUUUCGCGAUGAGGCGCCUCCUGAUGGUCUACCUCGACGAAAAAACAAGGUAAUUGAUUUGGAAACUGCAAAUAUUUCAUUCGUGAUGAGAAAUACGUGACAAGAUUAUAAUUGUAGAUUUGGUCGAAGGCAUAAUCUUUUACACUCUGUUUUUUGGAUCGUUGGCACUUAUUCGUGCAUAUCCUGAAAGAAUGCUUCCACCUAUGUUAACAUACUACCGCCUAUCAAGAAUGUUUGUGUUGCUGAUUCUCGAUUUCAUUGGCCGGAAGUUCAGAAUGAUCAUCUUCAUAAUAUGUAGAAGAAGAAGAAUGAUCAUCUCGAAAGUAGAGGACAGCAGCCCCUGGUCCAAUAAACUCGCGGGAGAUGUUAUGCAACUGAUUCUACGACGACUGGGCUUAUUAGACUACGUUCGAUGUGCUGCAGUAUGCCGUUCAUGGCAAGCAAUUAUUAAAAGCAAUAUUCAAUCACGCCGUCCCCUUGCUCAGGAUCAAGUUCCAUGGCUUAUGUUAAGCUCUCAUCCCUUGUCCACUAGAGAUCAUCGCGUUUUAAGUCCAGGUGAUUGGAAAGAUCAUAAAUUUCUACGAUCAUGGCCAAAUCCAAUUUUUUAUUGUACAAUGAAUAGGAUGGAUUGUGUUGGCUCAAUAGAGGGAUGGUUGAUCAUGGUCGACAGUGCGUUGAGGCGUCCGGAGGGUUUUAUGAAACCCUGGUCAUUCUACCUAAAAAAUUCUCAGAACCCUAGUUUUAAAAUAGAAUUCUUCUUCUUCAAUCCAAUAUCUGGUGAUCGAGUGAUGCUCCCCUCGUCCCAAUCCACCCUUCCAUGCCACUGCAUCAAUGGUCCGGACUUCUCCAUUUCUAAAAUUAUUGCCUCUUCUGAACCAAAAACAAUCAGCCAGGAGCCAUGUUUUGUGGUUUGUCUUUGCAAAGAGGGUCAUCUGACUUAUUGUAGGCCAACGGAUCAAUCAUGGAGUUCGAUUGAUGAGGACGUACCCUUUAUUGAUGAUAUAGUUAUACUGGGUGGUAAGUUAUAUGCUACAACAUCCUUAGAGUCCAAGUUUUUAAUGGUAUUUGAGAUGAUCGAAGACGCCAAAGGCAAUGGCGGUCCUCUUAGCUGUAGGGUCGUUAAGUUGGUAACCCUUGAUCCCAACACACGUCCUUCCUUUUUUCCACUUCCUUUCGUUGAAAUUGAUUAUGAUGGAUCAAGAGUAGAGCAUUACAAUGGCCGUGAUUUCGUUCACCUAGCAAAAGAUUCUGCAUCUAUGGAGUUGUUUAUGGUUUUUCAUAAGGCAGACUAUGCAUACAAGCCUAAACAAGACACGUGUUUACUAUCUUUGCAUGAGGUCAUGCUUGCAAAGACCUUUCGUUACACUGAGCCACCUAAGACUAAAGGAUUUCGAGUGUUCAAACUGGAGUGUGAUAUUCAUGGUGGUCCACAAUGGAUGGAGGUUGUUGAACUUGGUGAUCGGGUAUUAUUUGUGAGCAACCACCAUUCCGCUGUUAUAUCGUACCCUUAUGGUCAGAAGGUUGAAAAGAAACAAUAUUUAUUUUGCCUUUGAUUACCCGUGUGACGAAUUAACCAAAUGUGACUUUGGAGUAUUUUCCUUGACAAAUAAGAGUAUCAGGCAUUUUAAUUGCUCCAAGAGUCGUUCUUCGUCCCAGUUGCAUACCGCACCUUUAUGGUUUGUACCCAAUCUUUGUUAGGUUAGUUUAUUGAAAUUUUGUUUUGUUUCCCUUUUUUUAGUUGGAAAGAUUUGCUUUUUGUAUUUUUAUUUUUUAUGAAAAUUGUUUACUUCUUAUACUUA